AUGAAGACAGCCCUGCUGCUCCUCGUCGUCCUGGCCGCGGCCCUGGGCCCAGCCCAGGCCCUGCGCUGCCACGUGUGCAGCAGCUCCACCAACUGUAAGAAGCCGCAGAACUGCCCGGCCAGCGCCCGCUUCUGCCGGACCAUGACCAACGUGGAGCACCUGGCGGGGAACCUGGUGGAGAAGGACUGCGCAGACUCCUGCCGGGCCACCUACACGCAGCCCGGCCUGGGGAGCGGGGGCGCGGCCGCCACCCAGUGCUGCCAGCACGACCUGUGCAACGAGAGGCUCGUCAACGGCGCGCCCCGCCCGCUGGCCGCCGCGCUGGGCCUAGGGCUGGCGCUGGGCCUGCUGGCCCUCACCGCGGGCCCCGGCCUGUGA